AAAAAAGCUGAGGAAGAGGAAUGAUUUGUGAUUGAACUCAACUGUUAACAGCGUUGAUUAUUUGUUUUUCUUACUCUAAACGCGAUUGCUUUGUUGACUGGUAUUUUAUUUUAUUUUAUCGAAUGUCUGUAAUGUAUUUUCGUGUUAUUUCGUAUUUAUUAUUAAUGGUAUUUCGUAAGUGAUUUUUUAAUUGAUCGAUUAGAGCGUAUAUUCGAAGUUAGCAAUUCAUUCGCUAGCUUUCGGCACUGCGAAGGUUUAGUUCGUAAUCGCGUUUCGAAGCGGCGUUAUUAUCCAAAUGUCGAUGAAUUUUCAGUCAGUGGUGUGAUAAAUAUUACUAAUCUGGAUAAGCUUUUAUGAGAAGAAAAUUAGCAGCUCACACUUACCAUGAACGGAUUAACUCUUAGCGAAGUUAUUUGUUUAUUCUGCUGCCCUCCAUGUCCCGCAAGAAUCGCUUCGAAAUUGGCAUUUCUUCCACCAGAUCCUACGUAUAAAUUUGUUCAUUUUCAAGCGGACGAAACAUCGUCCAAGUUCCAAAUAGAUUUCAACGAGAAAGCUGAGUGGCAAUACACCGAAAGAGAGAAAGAAAACAUAGAAGGAUUCUAUUCAAGAACUUCGAGAGGUAACCGUAUUGGUUGUAUAUUCGUCAAAUGCAGCGCAAAUGCACGUUUCACCGUAUUAUUCUCUCAUGGAAACGCCGUCGAUUUGGGCCAAAUGAGUAGUUUCUAUCUGGGGCUUGGUACUAGAAUCAAUUGUAACAUAUUCAGUUAUGAUUAUUCGGGAUAUGGUGUUAGCAAUGGUAGACCCUCGGAGAAAAAUUUGUACGCUGAUAUUGAUGCUGCUUGGCAGUCUCUUCGUACACGAUAUGGAAUUAGCCCGGAAAAUAUUAUUCUCUACGGUCAAAGCAUAGGAACUGUUCCAACUAUUGAUCUAGCUUCGCGUUUCGAAGUCGGUGCUGUUAUUCUGCACUCGCCAUUGACAUCUGGUAUGCGUGUAGCUUUUCCAAAGACUAAAAGAACUUGGUUUUUCGACUCGUUUCCUAGUAUUGAAAAAGUACCCAAGAUAACAUCGCCCGUUCUUGUUAUACAUGGAACUGAAGACGAAGUCAUUGACGUAUCUCACGGAGUUGCUAUUUACGAACGAUGUCCCCGACCUGUAGAGCCGUUGUUUAUAGAAGGUGCUGGUCACAACGACGUGGAACUGUACAGUCAAUAUUUAGAAAGAUUGAAGAAAUUCGUUUCAGUCGAAUUACAAAAUUGACAAUUACUGAUAUCUGCUGAAUUUAGCAACAAUUGUUCUUUCAGUAGCUCAUUUAGCAACAGCUCAGUGAACGAAAAGUUACUCUAAGGUUUUUUUUCUUUCUUUUGUACAUAAUAGGUAAUUUUUUUAUUUACUAUGCUUCUAUACUUUUUUUCCUAUAUCGUACCUACUACGUUUUAACUGGCUGAAUAAUUCGUUGGUUGGUUUUGAAAUUCACGGUAAUACGCUACGCUGCUGGUGUUUCUCGCGAGUUCUACUUAUAUUCUUAAAAAUUCACUUCGUUUUUAUUUUUAUCACCUUUGGGGCCUAAUUUAUGUACGAGUAAUUCGUGGACAUUAUUUAAGUUUUACAUUGCUGAUAAUCGGUGAUAUUUGCUAUGUGUUUAUUUUCGUCGUCGUAGAGCGAAUUAAUCGUUAUUUUAUCGUUGUGUAACUAUUUGAACCAUUACUGCCAUUUUAUUUUAUUGUAUAUCGUGAAAAUGAGUAUUUCGAGUUUAUCGUAUAAAGUUUAAAAGAACAGGUUCAAACGACAUCGAAUUUUGAAAUUUUCAUUUCUUUUAUAUUAUAAUUUUAUACUUCAUUUUUUUUUUCGUUUUCGCGCGCAUUUCAUCGAAUUUCAUUUCCUCGUACUUUGUUUUUCCUUUCUCCUGUUCCCUUUAGUAAUUUUAUGUACCUAUUUUUUAAACGCGCGAAUUGAAACUUGACGCGUGUUGAAUUUUUUCUUCAUUUUUUUUUUUUUUUUUUUUUAAAUCUAGUAAAAGGUAUUUUAAGUAAAUACGGAACCGGUCUGCUGAUAGAAAUUACGUUACUUUGGUAAUAUUUGUAAUUUUAUGUAGCGGGGUUUUAUUAUCGAAAAAAAAAAAUCAAUUCGAGAUACUAUACAACAAAGGUUUAGUAUAGUAACAUGUUGGAAAAUGAUGAUGUGCGAGUACCUUUACGUCGUAUAACUGUGUAUGAAAAACAACAAGAGCAGUACAGAUACGUUGACUCGAUCGUCUCGUUAAAAGGUGUAAUAUUUCAGCUUUUUCAGCGCAAAAUGUUUCGUAAAAUCGUGUCAGUAAAUUGGAAUGGGACGAAAAGAAAAGGAAUCGAAUUCGUCCAAGGUUUUUGUAAAUUGAUCGAACAUUUGGUGUUUCUCUUAUGAUGAGAAUGAAACAGUGCUCGGGCGAUUACCUAGGUCAAUAUUUGCCCAAGAAAUACGACGAAGAUGAAAUAGUCGAGAUGGUGUAUAUUGUGUAUUGUUUACACGAAUAUUCUCGUAAGCUUUUUUGGUCUUUGCUGGACGCGAAAAUGCUGGAUUUUUUCCCUCUCUGGUCUAUAUGGUUCUGAUCAUUCAUCGGGUAAUUUAUUAUUUUUAACGUAGCGUGUUUUCGCAUCGAGUAUUCGAGCAAAAUAUGUACGUGAUUUGUGUUACGCUCAUGGUUAACAGUACCCGUAAGUCGCGCGUAUCAAGUACGAUUCUGAAGGGAUAGCUGUAUUCGUCUCGUCUCCAAGUUGAUAAUAUUUCUCUGUUCGCGUAUGUUGACUUAUUGCAAAGGGGUCGUUUGCGAAUUUGAAUUACACCGGCUGCUGGUUGGUUUUACGUAAUCGAGAAAAUGUGUACGCAGAAUCAGAAAUCAGAAUGGCUGAGGAGAAAUAUCCCGAUGCUUUGUAAUCAUGGUAACGGUCCUAUUGUCGGUCGUCUUUGUUUUUUAAUCUUGGAUUUUUCGACGCUGUGUCGUCGAAGCCGUCGAAGGCGAUCGAAACGAAACCUUAGAAGCUGACUAACAACGUGAUAUUCAAUUUGUUCUCUUGGUUCUUGAAAGGUGUAAGGUAAUCUUCGUCCCCAAAAAGUUGCGUUCAAUUUAAUCGUUCACAAAAGGAUUAUAUGCUGGGGCGUAAGGGUUUAUAAAAGGGCUCGUCGAAGAGAAUUAUAUUUUCGAAAGCGUUAUGAAUAUUAUCGUCGGUUAAUUUCAUCUUUUCUACCUCUGUCAAUCAAUGUAAUGAAAGUUUAAUCGUAAGCGUGACACUGAAGCACUUCGAAUGAUUUAUUAGAAAUUGCUUACCUAUUUCUUAGUUCUCCUCGAAUAUUUUAACUAAAGAUCAGUUUUAUUGAAUAUUUUUCUAGAUUCUUUUCUUUAUAUUAUUCCGGAAAUUUUCUGAAGAGUUUUUCACUUAUAUUUUGGGUCUUAUUAAUGUUUACAUUUUCUAAAAUUUUCGCUGCCGACUUUCCAUAUUUUUUUAAAAAUAAUUCCGAGUAGAUUUUAUCAUGAUUUGUUUCGUAAUACUUUUAAUUUACCUGUCUUGUAAGUUGGUUGAUUAUAUUUCAUGUUCUAAAUUGAUUGUCUCGAUAGCCAAUUCCAUACUGAUGUGUUGUGUUCAAGGUUUUAUUCAAUUAUACCAUACAAGAUGUUUCGGGGUGGAAGUAAAACCCUCCUCGGUGUAAACAUACAACGUUUACUGAGCCAGGGUAAGCACGUUUGCCUAAGCUCUCUAAGCAGCAGGGGUAAGAGGGGUAUUAUUUAUUAAAAAAGUUUUGUUUUCGAUUCUUUUCCCAUUAUUUUCCAUUCUUAUUACUUUGACAGUCAUGAUAAGUAUAAAAGUGGAGUUUGAGCAACAUAAAACACUUCUCCAUGCAGGUACCUGGUACAUAGAAUUUUUUGAGAUGGAUGUCUGUGUUCAUCACGUCAGAUUGGAGAACAAUUCACAGAAUAAUUGCAACGAAAAACAGUAAAAGUGCUCAAUUUUUACAUUGUCUUUUCAACUUAUCAUUGUUAUACAUAUGUUAUGAAGAAUCUCUAUGAAAGGUUUAUCUUUUUGAAGCUAAAGGAGAGAGAAUAAAAAUAACGCAAAUUGCCAAAUGAAGGACUAUCAUAAACCUGCUGUUUUUAGCUCAAAAAUUGAAAUCGUUUUCCGAUCAAAAUAGACCUAUUCAAUCACUCGGUAAAGUGUACCUACGUCGAAAAAAAAAAACGUCAAUUUUAUGGUCUUUUACGCGAUAAUUCGGUUAUUUUCUAGCAAAAUAACUGUAUCAAAACGUAUUACCAUCAAACUGCGAACAGAAUUUAAAUUUACCGAAACCGCUCCAUUUUGAAGCGACAUAUGGCGAGAGUAACUUGUUAUUCGACGCAUUAGGGAAAAUAUUGAUGUAAAAAUUUUUCAUUCGUAAAAAAGGCGAUUUGUAUUUUAAAAAAUCUAAUUUAAUCUGACACAAAGUUUUCAUUAGUGUUAUCGAAAGGCAGCUGUUAUAUUCGGGUCAAUACUUCGACUGCUUUGCUUCUCUUUUUUUUUUAGUUUUCAGAUUUUAAAAACGUGCAAAAAAAUGUCACUGGUAGACCCUAUCCGUUUUAAAUUUUACCAUUACACUUUCGUUAUGAUAAUUUAAAUCCGAAUGGUUAUUUUCAUACCUUUUACGUGAUGUCGAUGAGGAAAAAAUAGCAAUAAUUAUAAUCGUUCGUAGUGUAAUUUUUUAGAAAAACAAAAUUACGCGAAAAUUUUUAAAAAGAUUUUAUUAUUCAAGAAAACGAGCGAGUUGCCGGUUGCGUUAUUGGUUCAUUUAACAAAUCGGUAUUGUACCUAGACCCACCUAUGAAACGAUUCAAAUUUAGAACAUCGCUCGUUACCAUCGAAUAAAUAUCAUCGACUGAAAUGGAAAAAUUAAAAAAAUAGGUAGCCGUAGUAUAAUUAUGUAUCUACUUAGUACGAGUAUACUUUUAAAGCUAAACGUUUCAGUACAGAUCCGACUAUCACAAAUAAUAAUCGUAAAGCCAUUCGAACGAUGAAAAAAGUAAUUUAAAACGCAUUAAUUUGCGCUUAAACGUUUCAUAACAUCGCUCGCAAGAGGAUAAUAGUAUCAAUUUUUCUUCUUCGCACCUCGUAUUUCUACCUACCUACCUACCUAUCGUAUUUUAUAAAAAAGCGAAUAAGAUACAGCUACAAAUAUGAUGAAUGUAAAUAUUGACGCCGACUAUUUCAAGUAAUUUGCUCAGUAUAAAUCAUAUUCGUGACAGAAAUUCGAUAAAAAUUAAAACACGAUUCGUAAAAAAAAAAACCUAACGAAGCUUUCACAUGUGAAAUUAGUUCAUAAAAACGGUCAUUCUUCAGAACCACGUGAUUUAGGUAAUCGCAGAAAAUCGUUCUUUUCCCCCUACAAGAAUCGCGUGGCUCCUUAAUCGAAAUAAAGCACUUCAGUGUAGUCAUCAUCAAACAUGACGUAUUUCCGUUCACGGUUCAAAAAUUUUCAGCCCACUCGCGCGUCUAUAUCCUACGCUUAAAAAGUUUCAUUAAAAUUGAAAACACAAAUUGUAGGUAUCCUAAAUACCUACGCUAUACAAAUUGGAACAUUUUUGCUGACUCGAGAAAGCAAAAAUACGCCAAAAUCGAAAUAUUUUUAUCCAAAUACCACCUUUUCUACCUACAUACCUAAAGCAAAUACGUCGGUUUUUCAAAUUUCUCAACCAACCAAAAAAGAAAAACAAACUACCCUGAAAAAUACUUUUCGUUUUUUCAAAAUAAACCUUUCGAUUACAAACUUGAAAACGUUACCAACGCGAGAAGUAAGUUGUUUCAUGAAGCAAACGAACAGAAAAUAAUCAACAUUUUUACAAAUUAGAUGACAGUUAGCAACCGACUAAAUGUAAAAUCAGGCCUCAUCAUACAUACAUAAUACAUUCGUUAUUUGAGAUAUAACGUAAGAUUACCCGUCGACUAAAACCGACAAUAAAAAAAAUUCUUAUCGAACUUUUUCCUCGACAAUUUAUUUUCAGUUCAAAAAAUUCAAAUUUUCUCUUCGCUUUCCCAUACAUCUGAAUAAAUAGACAGAAAUGGCAAGUGGUAUAGCAUAAAGAAUUUCGUUACGAGAAAUACCAAUUAUCUAUAUAUAUUAUAUUUGGCCUCUUAUUACAAGUUGUUUGAAAGGUAGAUUCGUUUAGUGCGUCUGUGUUCGAGGAUAUCUUUCAAGAAAUUCAUCGAUUGUUUGCUUCAUGCGAGUAGAUAAUAUGUACUUCUCUCAUUUGUGUCUACAUUACAUUUCAAAAGAUGAAUUCUGCUCAGAACGAAAUUUGAAAUAAAAAGUAUCUUUCAUUUUUAAAAAAUAUGACUCGACUGUAUUUACAGUUGUUUAACUAAGAGGGUGGGCUGUCAUUUUUUUUUUUUUUUUUGGAAACUUGGAGGGGUAUUCGGUAGAAUGUUGUAGAGAGACUUCAAAAGCUUGCAGGAAAAAAUUUGGAUUCCUGACUUGAGCCAUCAUUUUUUACAGGGGUUUCAAAUUUUAAAAUUGUCAUUGCAAAUCAAAAAGAAUGGUUUUUUGAUGGGGGGGGGGUAAUGAGAUAAUUGAUUAUAACAUUAUGUUCACAUCAUCAUCAUCGAGUCGUAUAACCGCUCGUGGUGGUAUCGCGUACAAAUCAACGCGUACCCUUAUACCGAAUUGGGUAUUUGGGCUCAUAGAAGUAAGAAAACCAUUUUUUGAAUUUUUUUCAGCGCUGCAGUUGCAAAAAUAAUACGAUUUUGCAACUGUUCAAAAGUUGUGUAGGUAAGAUGGCCUAAAAAUGUGAAAAACUUUCAAAAACUGUGUUCUCACUUCUAAGUGGAUUACUUGCCUAGGCUCUCGUAUAAGCUAAUACGAUCAGUUAUCAACAGAAAUUUUUUUACAUUAUCAAUCUAAAGGAGGAGUAUCGAUAAGGCCAUUUUUUGGCCCCAGACAGUUAUCGACUGAACCACUCUUAAAUUGUUGUAAUAAAUGCCCCAAAUACGAAUCCGUGGUUAGUUGACUCAAAAUGACCAUUUUUUGGGUUCCAGGGGUUCCCAAAGUUGCGCUUUUGUGGGCCAAAUUCUGAGAUUUUACUUCGUUGAAACCGUGAAAACGUGAUUUUAACGUUUUUUCGAAGAGUAAAAUCUCAGAAUUUGGCCCACAAACGCUCAAUUUUGAAAGUUACAGGUAAAAUCGAAUGAAAAAUUAUCGAGCUCUUGCUAGUGUGUUCCAAAUGUAAAUUCUUCAAUUUAUUUGAAAAAAUAUGCAUAAUCGCCUUUUUCAGGGGUGCCCAAAAAGGGGGGGCUCUAAAAAAAGGGUUCAGAAUUACGAAUAUACAGGGAGCUUAAUUAAACUUUUUCAUCUGGUUAAUUGAAUAUAUACCUCAAAACGUUACGUUUGGCGCAAAUCGCAAGUUUCUAGUUUUACAGGGGUUCCCAAAAUAUCGAAAUUACAAAAAAUUGGAAAAUUGAAUUUUUGAGUACCAGCGAAAAUUUUUAUUGAGCUGAAAAUUUUGUAGGAUGGAGGUCUUUCAAAUACUAAUGAACUGUAAAAAGCUUUUUAGGGGGGUUCAAAAUGGUGGUUUCAAAAUUUUCCAAAAAUUAAAACCUCCCAAUUUCUGCCCCCGAGGGUCGAAAAUGGAAAAAUUGCCCUGUAUCAUGUUUAACGGGUUCAAGCAGAUAUUUUACGCUAAAAAAGUUUUUGAAAAUAAUACUCAGUAGUUCCAAAAAUUAUUUUUUUUAUUCGCAACUUUGGGAACCCCUGGAGCCCAAAAAAUGGUCAUUUUGAGUCAACUAAUCACGGAUUCGUAUUUGGGGCAUUUAUUACAACAAUUUAAGAGUGGUUCAGUCGAUAACUGUCUGGUGCCAAAAAAUGGCCUUAUCGAUACUCCUCCUUUUGAAAUUUGAAACACGGGUAAAAAAGUUAAGUAAGUAUGAUUCAAGUCGGGGAUAUAAAAUUUUUUUUGCAGUCUUUUAAGGUUUUCCCACAACUUUUCAUCGGAUCUCUCUCCAAUUUUCCAAAAAGAAAGAGGUCAAAGAUGGUCCAUCCUAUAGUAAGUAUAACCAACAAAAACUCCAACUCCCAGGUUGCAAACGUGAAAAGAACAGAAAAAUACUUAUCUCAUAGUGACGAUUCAUAAAUGGCACGGAACAAAACAAAAACAAAUUAGCGGAAUGAGAAGAGAAAUUCUUCAUUUUGAUUGAGAGAUCCUAAGUUUACAGUUGACAGCUUUCAUUUACCACUUUUCCUCCUUUGUGAUUUUCCUUUGACUCGUACUUGAUUCUUAUCCUUGCAUCAGUUCAUCAGUUCGAGUUUGAUUUUCAACUCGCUAGCAACGUAACGAAUUUUUACAGCCAAUUUUCAAGAACCUACGUAUAUCGAAAUCCGACUACGAACUUCGUACGAUAGAAUUAGAAGGAUACCCGCGGCGAGUAUCGAAAUUUGAAAAUGUCCCACAUUAUCGAACAAUUAAUCAGCGAUGGAAACGCGACGGUUGAUGGGUCGUUUUGUCUGCUCUGUUCGGCCAGGGCCGUUGCAAAUAUCUAUGUACCAUACCAUGUCGGUGUUUUUCAUUUGAUCUUGACUCUUGAGCGUGUAGUUGACGCGUUAAUUAUAAUACUGCUGGUGGAGAAAGAGGUGCGAACUAUCGAAAAUAUUCCGGUAUCAGUUCUGCUCUUAAUUCAUGCACAGUAAACGCUACUCGUAUAUCACAACCAAGUAAUUAAACCGUUCUAUGCGAAAAUUAAUCUAACUCGUUGUCUGAGCCGUCAGUUGGUAGGUACCCGUCUCCGAAUACAUUACCGCAAAAAUUCGACUAAUUAUAUUCGCAACGGCGUCUACGUCAUCAUUUCUCCUCGCGGAUUACCAAUCGAGAUCAGAGAUACAGCCUUAUUUUUCUCAUUACAGCUGAAUAAUAUAAGUAUUCGAAGUGCUGGAAAUGGAAUUAAUCCCCUAUUUAAGAAGUACCUACACACUAAAUUUAGACUAGUAUAAUAUUAGUUUAAAAAAAGAAAAAAUUGCUGCAUUCGGGUUUUUUCCAUCAAUUUGUUCAGACCUUUCACACACACAAAAAAAAAAAAAACCAAAGAAGUCCUAUGCUAAAUCCCGUCUGAAAUAUUCUUCAUCGAAUUCCCUUCUACAAUUUGAUACCACACCUACUUGAUGCUAAUUCAAAGGCCAAUAAAAUCGAGUGGUUAUGAAUAGUGAAGUGAAAUGUGGAGUGCGUGGGUCUCAUUUUAAAUCAUUUUCGAUUUUCGAACAAAUUCGAGUUUGUGAUUUCACCGUAUUGGUAGGGGAAAAACUCUUCGUUGGACCACCCUUCGACUUUCCAUGCUUUUUUUUUGUUAAGUCAGCAUUUUUUGAUCAACGUUAUAUGUAUGUAUGAUAUCAAAUUUUAGGGAAUUUGAUGUAAAAUAUUUUAUGCACAGUACUUUUUUUGUUCGUAAACGUUGAAUCCCUUCGGGGAAUCGGCGUAAAGGUUGAAGCUGUAAAUUUUGGCGUGCUCGUUUGGGCGAUACUUCUAAACACAAGACAUUAUGAAAAAAAAUUCGAUUUGCCAAUUUUUUAACAACAUCCUUACUACAUUUUAUUAAUUACCUUCGUAGAAAAGAUAUAAAUUUUAAUUUUACUUUGAGAAAUACUUACUUAUAUCAUACAAUCUAGUGGGCUUUAAUUUUAUGUCAAAAUGAUGAAAAUCUUAAACCAAUUUUUAUACGUAUUACCUACAAUCAAUUAUUAUAUUUUUUUUGGGGGGGGGGGGGGGGGACGACUUGACGAAUCAUUUUAGUCCAAAAGAUCUCAUCCAUUCAGUAUUUUUUCCCAGAAUAUUUGGCGUAAUUCGGCAAAAAAUUAGACUGCAUUCAAGCUUGAGGUAUGUAUUUGAAGCUGAGAGUAGACUGUGUGUUGUGUGCUAAAAUUUGUGUAUUACUGACUGAUACACGGUACGAUAUUGCAUUACAAAUUCGUUCGAUGUGCUAGAAAUUGGGGCAGGAGAGAGUCGAACCAUCCAUAAAUAUUUAAAAAAAACUACGGAAUCGAAUACAAAAUGUUCUGACAUUUUUGGUACGAGUAUCACUGUGCUGUAAGCAUAAAAAUGGGGUUAAAUUUACUGCUUGUGAACCAUACAAGUGAACGUUGAUCAUAUUAUUACCUACCUAGUAAAAAAUCCUAACUAAUCUGUCUUUCUCAGUUAUUUUUAUUUAUUUAUUCUAUUUUUAUAAUCAAUGAACAUUUAUUCAUUAUUGGAAGAUUCAAAAUCAAUAAUUGAAUUUGAAAAGCUCCAAAUUGAACUUUCACAGUGAAAGCUCAACUUUUCGUGAUAAGUGCAAAAAAUGCAUCGAGCAAAAAAGAAAUCAAUUCACAUUUUCAGUUGAAUGUUAUCAAUUUAAUUUCUCAUUUAGUUUGCCUCUCCUAAACACAAAACAUGUAGAAAGACGAGUACAUGUAGGCUACACUCGUGCAUCUUUGUAUUGCAAUAUGGUAUCGUAAUUUGACUGGUAACACAACUCGACAUAUUCCGUACGUGUUUGUAGCACACGCACACACACAGGUAGCAUAUUUCCAUAAUUCAGCCAAAUAAUCGAUGGAACGGCAACAGACGAUGAAAAUUUCGAUGAAAUUACAUUCAUUUUACUUUUUUUUUUUUUUUUUUUGACAAUCUUGUUCGUAUAUGUAUUUACAUUUGCAUUUUACCGGUAAUAUUCUUUAAGCCCUUUAGAUAAUUGAGCAAUAUUUUUAUUUGGAAGCAUUUUUCUCUUUUGUACGUGUCUAAACCUGAUCGUAUAAUACGAGUAUUUUAAAUAGGUAUAUUUUUAAGGUGUUUUAAUUCAACGUAGCGUGUAAAGUCUUAUGUACGUAUACCUUACAGCUUUUUCAUUUAGUUCGAUUACAAACCAGGUUACCCUAAUUAUCCUUUUGAGAAGAUGAUGAUGAACGAAACAUUGGAGUACUUAUAUUAUAUAAUAUAAAAGUAUACUAAAGCGUACUGCUUCCUUCUAUUUAAUGUAAUAAUAUGGAUCGAUAAUUUGAUGUUGUAUACUAUAAAAACACGAGUAUACGAGGUUCGGUUUAAGAUCCCGUAAAUUUUACCCAUUUAACAACCAACGUGGCAGCGUGGAUUAAAAAUGUGAAAGGUUUCUUUGUUUAUCGGUACAAAAGUUUUAAUUUUAACCGUAUUUUACAUCCCUAUUCCUCGGAUAAUUUUAUCAACCUGAUACGAGGCUGAAUUUCAUUUACCUGUUGUCGUGUUUACAAUCUACGUGUAUAAAAGUUUGCUCUUUCUCUACAAAAAAAAAAAAGAGUACCCUUGCGGUAUCCUCGAACAAUUACAUUUUGUUUGGAUAAAAUAAAAUCCAAUAACGAACAGAUUUUUUUACUGCGUUAGAUGGCUAAUUUGAAAAAAUAUUAUCGCGUGCUCAUUUAUUGUGACGUGUUUUUUUCUCUUUUUUCUUUUCUUUUUUGUUGUUCGUAUUUACUUACAAAUUUAUUUCUAUUUUUACAUUAUAUUUUUAUAAUAUAUAUUUUUUUCUAUUCUAUGUACCAUAACGUAUAUAUGUCAUUUUAUAUAAACGCGAGAUUAAAAAUACCAUUAUACUAUUUGUUUUCUAAGUUUGCGACAUUUUCUAAACGUUGUUGUGUAAUUUAAAGUACUUAAUUCUGUUUUUCCCCAUCUCGGUGGCGUUUUUAUAAUUUUAUUUCUCGUGUUGAUUAUUAAUUUUUCUCUUUUUUUUUCGCCAUCCGUUGAUCGGUAACUUCGGUGUUUCUUUUCUAGAUCGAAUGGUACCUUACCUACCUUUUGUGACGUAUUGUUGAGAUUGUUUGUUUUUUUUACGAGUGUGUUUAAUUAUGUAUAAGAUGUUGACGAAUUUAUUGAAAGAUUAUUUAUUUACGAAAAAAUGUUUUAAAAAAUUGUGAAUACGAUGAUGCAUCGGUGGAUGUGAAUGCUGAUAAGCUCGAUAUUUACUGCAAACAAAAUAAGGGAUCGAAUUGUGUGUUUUUAUAUAAUUUUAACUAUAUUGUUUUCUUUUUAUUUUUUAUUUUCUUCGUUUUUUCCCCUUUUAUUUUGGCGUAUUUUAUAUUUAUUUUUAUUUAACAUAUCUGUAAAUUUGUAAUGACAAAGUUAGAAUAUAUAAAUUUUUUUAUCGA